CCGUUCCGGUCUUGUUUGAAAAAUGGGUGGUUGUUGUGCUCUGAAGUGCCGGAACAGAGCUUCCAGGGGAAUUCGCUUGUUCAAGCUGCCGAAAUCCCCGAGGAGACAGAAACUGUGGCUUUCAGGAAUCAAGCGUGGCGCGGGGUGGAAACCUCACGAUAGGACGUACCUUUGUGAGGACCACUUCGAGCCCUCCCAGUUCCAGACGAGGUGCUCUGACGGCUGGAGGAGACUGAAAGCCACAGCUCUUCCAAGCUUGUUUUCACAUUCUGAAAGUCAACAACCAGCGGCCAGGACCCCUGGAGCAGCCCUGCAAGGCGGCCUGCUCACGCAGCCGCUCCCCACCACCAGCGGGGCGUGCUUCGUGACCAGUGACAACCAGCGCGGCCAGGCCAGUGCAGCUGCCUGCGGCACCUUGGUGUCGGCAGCCUCCACCGGCUGGUAUCGUGUUUGCAGCUAG